GAGCAAGCUUUCGCUUUUUCUCCCGGCUUUCUACAACUUUCGCUUUAGCUUCCAAAGGCGACCCAAUGACCUUUCCGGAAUUGGAAGUAUUCGUCGCCCUACCCUAAGAAAGAAGUCACUAUAAAACUGCUUGCCCUCCAGAAGUACCAAAGGUGCGCGGAGCCCGGUGAAAAUGAAUAUGUUUGCUACUGAAAGAAGCCUGCCUAUUGACUAAUAUUCGUCUUUAGAAUGAAAGUAGCUAUGAAGCCCAAUCUACUGUCGAUUCAAAAGGGGGCAUAGUCAUAUGGGUGGGGUGUUUGUGGGGAGCUGCCUUGGAUAUGAGGAAUUCCUCAAAUCUAAAAAAAAAAGAACAAAGACAAAGUCCGUGACGAAGAUCUUUCUUUUCUAUCAAUAGAUAGGAAUGAGUGUUCGUUAUAGGGGAUAGGAUCCAUCUGCUCUCUCUCUCUCUCUAUUUUCUUUGAUGCAAUUUAGAGAGAAAGAGCAGUGCGAAUUAGAAAAAAAAGAGAAUCGGGAGAUGAUUCCAAAAUAGAUACAUAGACAUCUAAAGUAAAGGGAUGUAUAUAUUAUUCCUAUAUAUAUCAUCUAUCUAUGAAAAAAGUAAACAGAGUUCGUUUUUGGGUUCCCCGAAGCCCCGAAUGGAUUGGAUCGUUUCUGCUUCUGCCAACGAAAUGAAGGCCUCGCCCCUUCCGAAUGCUUCUCCGAUCCUGAAGUUCUCGCGAAGAGAAUAAGAUGCAGCUCCCCCUCCCUCUGUCUUUUUCCGCUUUGCUAAUCUUCCCCUCUAACGCGGGCCGGGCUUAGGCGGGCGCGGGAGGAAGAAAGAAAGUCGAAGAGCGUCUUCUCCUUUGUCCUUUUUUCAGUGCAACACAGGAAAGCACCCUCUUUUUGUAAUCCCUGCAGCUUCCCAGAGGCUUGCUUUUUUUUUAUUGAACGCAUGGCGUAGCUAGGACCCCUCCAAUCAUGUUUGAGCCUAUGUUCACCCGGGGCCAAAAAAGGAGAAUUCCGGAAUGCCUGCCGACGUUCAGAUAAGGUGCAUAUCCCUUACCACUAAAGGAAAGGCUCGACGAAGGGGGGGAUAUUAGCUGGGUAAGGAAAACGCUUUCGGAGAUUGAGAUGUCGAUUUGUUUUUCAUCGAAAAGGAAGAAGGCCGAGGGGAUAGCAGCCUUCCUUCGGGCUUUGCCUGCCGACGUUCUAAUAAAGAAUUCCGGCUCGGCCCGGGAAAGCGCUGGCAACAACAUAAAGAAAGGGGUCCAUGUAGCUGCUGCGCCCGCCCACUGAGCAGCAGGUUCGGCAUCUACUACAAAAGAGAGAAUCCACUUCAGAUAACCACGUCUCUGCUAGGCAGCGUGUGGAAUGGCCGAGAGCGGACCAAAUGGAUAUAUAAUCCAAGCCGAGAGUGGAGUUACGUGAACAGCCGUCUGAUGGAAAACAACUUUCACGUUCGGUUCAGAGAGCACUUUUUUCGUUGAGAAUAAGUCCUUCCCUUUUGUGUGAAUUCCCCAGCGGCGAAUUAACAACUUGUGGGGCCCUAUCUAUUCAAUCUCUCGAGCCCCAAGAAAACCCCCCUCUCCCUCGGACUCAAUCUCUCUUUUGACUCUAUAUAUGUGGGCACCUGAUAUCUAUGAGGGUUCACCCACCCCGGUGACAGCAUUCCUUUCUAUUGCGCCUAAAAUCUCUAUUUCUGCAAAUAUGUCACGUGUUUCUAUUGUUGCUUCCUAUGGGGGUACAUUACAACAAAUCUUCUUUUUCUGCAGCAUUGCUUCUAUGAUCUUAGGAGCACUGGCCGCCAUGGCCCAAACGAAAGUCAAAAGACCUCUAGCUCAUAGUUCGAUUGGACAUGUAGGUUAUAUUCGUACUGGUUUCUCAUGUGGAACCAUAGAAGGAAUUCAAUCACUACUAAUUGGUAUAUUUAUUUAUGCAUCAAUGACGAUAGAUGCAUUCGCCAUAGUUCCAGCAUUACGGCAAACCCGUGUCAAAUAUAUAGCGGAUUUGGGCGCUCUAGCCAAAACGAAUCCUAUUUCGGCUAUGACCUUCUCCAUUACAAUGUUCUCAUACGCAGGAAUACCCCCGUUAGCCGGCUUUUGUAGCAAAUUCUAUUUGUUCUUCGCCGCUUUGGGUUGUGGGGCUUACUUCCUAGCCCCAGUGGGAGUAGUGACUAGCGUUAUAGGUCGUUGGGCGGCCGGAAGGUUGCCAUGAGUAAGGUUGGGAGACCGAAGGCAGUUUUCCGUGCACCGGACACGUAGCUUACCGAAUCAGUUGCAACACAGAUGGGAAUGCAUGCUACGAAAGACAGGGUCGAGUCUGAUACAUCAACCGUCGACUCCAUAUCCUUGUACGAGUCCACAAUCACUACACGAGAUGAACCUGGGUUUGGUGAAUGGAAGUUGGCCUUAGGUGUAAUAGGACUCCCAGUUACUGCGCGCGAUCGUAUACUGAGGUGCUCCCCGUCGGUUGUUGGAACGACGCGAGCCGGGCCGGGCCUCGAUUCCUUUCAAAAAGAUGAAGGGACAGAGGUGACUAAUUCCCCAUCUCAUUUGGGGCGGAAAACGAAUCGACAUCUCGAUGUGAUACAGCCCUUUCCAUUUUCGUUGGGAAAGAACGGCGAAGUCCAUCCGAACCCUCCAAUGAAGAAAUAAGAGGAGAGCAAAGCGCCAAUGGCGCGCGAAGCGCAUGCGGAAGGGGCACGGAGAAAUAAAGAAGUGUGGGGGAGAAGCAGCCGAGCUCAUUCCCUUCGCUUCCUGGGCCCAAAGCAGUGCUUUGUUUCCUGGCCAAAUCAAGGAUUUGGGGCUGAUUGCAAAA